ACGGCAGAUCUUUGCUAUACUUUCCUCCUAUUCCGUGAUCGGUUCAGUUGUCACGGUGCUGGAAUUUGUUUUAUCGGGGUGUUGAGAGGGAUUAUUAUUAUUUAUUGUUUAAAACAUAUUUCGUUUACGGGGAAUAUUCGUUGAUGUUUAAAUUCGGACAGUUUAAAUUCUGUGACCAACAACAGCCGGACAGGCAGCGCUAAAGAGCGAACGAAGCCACAACGACUGGGACCAGAUGAAGAAAGUCUCGUGUUGAUUUAAAACCUAAAGAGCUCGAGAUACAGAAUGGACAUUAUUACAGAAUUAUUAACUUUGCAUUACUUUGUCCGUGAGGAAUAACAUAAACAAUAUUUAUUUAAUCCAUAUUUAUGUUGACUUCCUCUGCUCUGGAAAUGUUUGUAUUUUAAAUGCACCGUGCGCUGCUAAAAGCUGGUGCAAGCUAUUAUUAGUCUGUCAAUCAACUCAAACAAGUUUGAUAAAUGAAUAACCUAAACAGCCUAUUUAUUAUAUAUUUUACUUAAUUUAGAUACAUUUCAUGAUUCUAUUUAACUUCCUUGUAUGGUUGUGUGAUUGUGCGUUCUCCGUGCUCGUGCUGAAUUGAAUAAUCUAAACACACACUCACAUUGAGAUGAGACCGGGAUCUUUCCAUUAAAAGCUCCCUGCACCGGACCAGAUCCUACAGUACCGGUACAACUGUGAGUCACGAGCAGAAACAUGAGGGCGUCUGGCGUGGUGAUCUUCUGGCUUCUCUGGGUGUUAUGUCCUAUCUCUGGAUCUUGGACGGCCACUCUGAGCACUAUUGGUGAUUUGGACGCCAUGUUGGGGCCGCAGCAGUUCAGGGGCGUGGCCAACUUUAGCACCUUUCUAUUGGACCGUUCAUCUGGGGUUCUUUUCCUGGGUGCGAGAGACGCCAUACUGGCUGUGGAUACAAACAACCUGGCAAAGCAACCACGCACGAUCGUGUGGGAUGUUCCUGAGGAGAAGAAGAGGUCCUGUGUGGCUAAAGGAAAGACAGAGGGUGACUGUAAUAACUACAUCCGCCUGCUGGAGUUUCUGGGAGACGGGCAGAUCUACGCCUGUGGCACCUAUGCUUUCGACCCGCAGUGUGCCUUCCUGAACAUGUCUUCAUUCUCUCUGGAGCGAUGGGAGGAUGGAAGGGUGAGGAUGGAGACAGGGAAAGGGAAAUGUCCCUUUGAGCCCAGCCAGCACUAUACAGCUGUCAUGGCAGAUGGUAUCCUGUACACUGCCGCCACCAGUAACUUUCUGGGAACGCUGUUCGAUAUCUCCCGGGCCACCGGUCAGGAGCAGGAACGGAUCCGCACCGAGAGAUCUAUUAACUGGCUCAGUGACCCAGAGUUUGUGUCCUCAGCAUUCAUACAGCAGGAUGAAGACACCAACCCAACAGGAGACGACAACAAGAUCUAUUUCUUCUUUACCGAGGUCGCCAAGGAGUAUGACCUCUACACUAAGGUCAAAGUUCCCAGGGUCGCACGCGUUUGCAAGUCUGAUGUAGGUGGUAUGAAGACAUUGCAGAGACGUUGGACCACCUUCGUCAAGGCUCAGUUGGUGUGUGAGAACAGAGCCAGCGGACAACGCUACAACAUACUGACAGAUGUCUACACAACCCAACACACAUCUGGCGAUCCAAGCUCUACGCACUUUUAUGGGCUCUUUACUUCUCAGUGGGAGCAUGAGGAGUUGUCAGCGGUUUGUGUGUACAGUCUGGCUGACAUCAGCAAAGUGAUGGACGGACCUUUCAAAGAACUGAAGAAGACCUGUGAGAAUUGGAUCAACCCAGAACCCGUACCUACACCCAGACCAGGACAGUGUCUAAACAGUGCUCUGAGAGCGAAGGGCUUCGAAUCUUCUCUCAAACUGCCUGACAAGGUGUUGACGUUUAUGAGAGACCACCCUCUGAUGGAGAACAGUGUGAUCGCAGCGCCCCUACUGGUGAGGAGGGGAAUCACAUACACUAAAGUAGCUGUUACCAGGACGACCACAGGGUCGGAUGACGACCAGAGCAACGCAGCCACCGUGUUGCACCUCGGCACAGACCGUGGGGAGCUCCAUAGAGUAGCGGUGGUAGGACAGAACACUACCUUACUACAGGAGAUCUCUCUCUUCACUGCACAGGAACCUGUCAACAACAUACUGCUGCACAAGGGCCAGGCUCUGGUGGGUACCCAACUGUCCCUGGCCCGUGUGGGGGCGGAGGGGUGCAGCCUAUACUCUUCCUGUGAGGAGUGUGCCCGGGCGAGACCCCUGGGGUGUGUGUGGAGGGUCAAAGAGGGAGCUUGCAGUCCCAGCAUGACAGGUCCUAUCCAGGGAGAGGAGGUAGAGGAUGCUCUGAGGCUGUGUGAAAGUGGAGAAGGUCGUUGCUCCCCUGCCCAGAGGGUACUGCUUGUCUCAGUGGGUCUCCGUGUCCUUCUCCCCUGUGUCCAGGUGUCACCACAUCCCUGUACCUGGGUACACCCACCACACAGACACACCCGUCAGCACCACUCUGACCUGGAAGUCACCGUCACAGCGGAGAGCCUGGGGACAUACACCUGUCUGUGUCAGGAGGGUGCUUCAGGGGGUAAAGAGGAGAGUCCUCCCUGUAGUAGAGCCUCCUACCAGCUCACCCUGGAGGGCCCAAGCACCGGGGGGGCUGUGGCGUUGGCCGGAGGGCGCCACAUACUGGUCGUCUACAUCCUCUGCUUCAGCCUGGGUGUCACCCUCGGAGGCUUCCUCCUUUACGUCCUGUCCCGCCGCCGCGGGAUUAGCCAGCGCCACCCUGACCAUUCCCUCUCCUCGGAGAAGGGACGGGACUUGCUUGACUCCUCGGCGACGCCUCAAUCUCCUAGCAGCGCCAGUUUGUUGUCCGAGGGUUUCCCGCUAACGGAGAAGAGAAUGGGGAACGGUACGCUGCUCCUCACACACCACCACAAUAACGGCAACAGUCACCAUGGCAACUACGGCGGCGGCAGUGGCUACGGCGGUAACCGUGGCAACGCGGGCUACGCUAACACCGAUCCAUUAAACACGCCGGUGAUGUCAGCGACGUCGACCGUGGCGGAGGGGCUAAAGCUUCACGUUCAGGAGACUGUGGCGGACGAGAAGAGGGGGGGAGAUAGGGAAAGGGGGAGGCCGGAGGGAGGAGAGGGAGGAGGAGAGGGGGAUGAGGAGGACGAGGGGCUAGGGGAGGGGUUGGGGGGACUGGAGGAGGAGCUAGCAGGGUUUGUGUUGUUUAAGUUACCAGCACCAUUAGCCCAGUGUGAGGAGAGUUCUAUCUGA